AUGAAUAACAAAUUAAUUCAACCAGAUAAUAAUCUCUUUAAUCUGAAUAAUAAAGAGAAAACAAAUGAACAACUUAAUAGUAAAACAAUGAAUAAAGACUUACAACAAGGAGAUCAAUUACACCCUUCAUAUUAUGGAAAUCAUACACACUAUCAACAUCCACAUGAUUAUCCACAACAUUCUAAAAAUUUUAAUUUAUCAAAUGCUUUUAAAAAAGAUAAUUUUGAUAAAAAUGAAAAAGGAAGUUCUUAUCGAUGUCGUUUAUACAGAAAUAUCAUUUUGAUAGCAGCAUUCAUAGGGUUGCCUGUUUGUAUUCAUAAAUCAUACGAACCUUUUCAUGUCUCAGGUGGGAUAUUAAAAACAUGGAAAGAUGAUAAAAAAGGAUUUAUAAUAUUUUGGUCUUUAUUCUUAAUAGAUUUAAUAGAACUUAUUUAUUGUAUUUAUUAUUGUUUAACGGAUAAAAAAAGUAAUAAAGAUAAUUAUUCUGAUAAUAAUCAAGGUAUUAAUAAUGUUUAA